AUGUCCGACGCUACGGCCGCGAGCUACAAGAAGCUCAAGGAAGACUUUGUCUCCAACCUCUCUGGCGGCUCCGCCUCCGAAGUCAACUAUGUGACUGCAGUUGCUCCCAUCGCCAUCCUGCUGUGGUCUGUACUCCAAUCACGCCAGUCCUUCUUCAAACCCUACACGCUGUUGGGAGCUGCUGCCGACUUCCUCCUCAACGUUACCGCCAUCCUCCUCUCCACGACCCUCUACGCCUCCUCCCCCUUGCUACUUUGCGCCCUCCUUCUCGGUCCCGCCGUCCUCAUCUACACCCUGCCUUCCAACUUCGGCGUCAGUCGCAAGAAGCCCGCUAUACCGCCCAAUGCGAAGCCCAAGGCCGGCUCCGGCGCGGGGCCGCUCUCCGUACUACCCGUGAAGCCUUUCCUCACACACUACCGGGGUAGCAUGCUGGUCAUCACUUGCAUCGCCAUCCUCGCCGUCGACUUCCGCCUCUUUCCGCGCCGCUUCGCCAAGGUCGAGACAUGGGGAACAUCGCUGAUGGACAUGGGCGUCGGGUCCUUCGUCUUCAGCGCCGGUGUUGUCGCUGCUCGGCCCGUCUUGAAAGAGCGCGCCGAAGGUCGAUCGAUACCCCUGACAACACGUCUGCUGCAGUCGAUGCGCCACUCCUUACCGCUACUCGUCCUGGGCGUCAUCCGCUUGCUCAGCGUCAAGGGUCUCGACUACGCCGAACAUGUCACCGAGUAUGGCGUUCACUGGAACUUCUUCUUCACACUGGGGUUCCUGCCGCCGUUUGUCGCCCUCUUUCAAUCUGCGCUCAAGAUUGUGCCUAGCUAUGCCGCUCUUGCAAUCAUCCUGAGUGUGCUGUAUCAGGUGGCUCUGGAGAGCACCGACCUCAAGGCUUACAUCCUGACCGCCCCGAGGACCGACCUAUUCUCAAAGAACCGAGAAGGUAUCUUCAGCUUCUUCGGCUACCUGGCCAUCUUUCUUGCGGGACAGGAUACAGGCAUGUACGUCCUGCCUCGGAGUCUCAACACCAAAAGCGAUUCUUCUCCUGCUACUCAGCGCAAGACGCUUCUCAUGAUGAUGGCAAUAUGGUCUGCUGUGUGGACAGGGCUAUAUUUUUUGACCACGAGCAACAGCUACGGCGACGGUCUGAACGUCUCACGUCGUCUCGCGAACCUCCCCUAUGUCCUGUGGACAGCGGCGUUCAACUCGACACAACUUCUAGCCUACGCUCUAGUGGACACUUCCUUCUUCCCGUCCUUCUAUAAUGCGACAGACGCGAAGACCGAGAAGGAGGCGUACCAUACGGCGACCAGUAGGGUAUUCCGCGCCUACAAUCGCAACGGCCUGUUUUUGUUCCUCAUCGCAAACGUCUUGACCGGACUCGUCAACAUGACGGUGCCGACACUGAAUGUUGGACCCAUGGCAACGAUGGGCAUCUUGGUUGCGUACAGCGGAGUAAUCACAGCUAUUGCUCUUGGACUGGACGAAUACAAUAUCUCCAUCAAACUAUAG